GUACCAUAACUGACCAUAAUAUACAUCACGACGCAACACUGUUGAACGAGCUCCGAUUACUUGCAAAUGAGACGAAAGAUUCACGAAUAUAGUCAUAUAAGUUGUCAUAACGUAUUUGCAGCAUACACACGUAGACGGCAAAAAGGGAGGAUUCACAUUAGCGCGGAAAAAGGCAGAAACCAAUCAGAAGUGAAGUGCACUUGGCUACUAAAGUACUAGCAAGUGUAACACUCCAACACUCCUCCCUCUCUGGCGUCGGCCAGUGUUUGCUGUCUGCAUGAGGAUCUAACCUGAUCUAACCUAUCGACAAAAGUGCGUUCUGUUUUGAAUCCUGAUAUCAUUUCAAAUCGAUUUGAAUUCUGAAAUCCAAACUAAUCCAAAUCUCAAACAGAUCCUCCAAUAAUCAUACACGAGUUAUGAGUUUUUUGUUUGAUUUAGUAAAAAACACGUUUCUCGGAAUGCUACGAUUAUUUUGGUUCGGCAAACAGAAGAUAUCCAACUCUUUAAGCAUAUAUAUUAAAACGAAUACAGGCAAUACUCUUUCCGUCGAGUUAGAUCCAAAAUCGGAUAUAAAAAAUCUAAAGGAGAUCGUUGCACCUCGGAUGGGAAUAGCACCGGAAGAUAUUAAAAUUAUAUUUGCAGGUAAAGAGCUGCACAACUCAACUAUAAUAGAGGAGUGUGAUUUAGGACAACAGAGCAUUUUACAUGCAGUACGAACGCCUCAUAAAAUAUCAAAUAAAAAGAAGGUGAAUGCAAGUCCUAUAGAGGAAUCUACAGUAGAGACAUUCAAUUUGAAUGACAGUGCAGGUAGCAAGCCUAUGAAUGAGACACUUGUGGAUUUAUCCUUGGAUGAAUCGGAUCAACAAAAUUUAUCCUUAGAAGAACAGCAGGAAAAUCGAGCACAUUUUUACGUAUAUUGUUCAGCUCCCUGUAAAGAUGUGACAGCAGGUAAAUUAAGGGUCAAAUGUGCAAGAUGUGGUAGUGGCGCUGUAACUGUUGAUAAAGAUCCUCAAUGCUGGCCAGACGUGUUGAAAUCAAGGAGAAUAACAGUACAUUGUGAAAGUGAUUUUUGUCCUGUAACUUCAAGUGUAUUUAACGACGAAAUGGAUCAAGUUUCUUACGCUCGUUUUUAUUUUAAAUGCGCCAAGCAUCCCAGUUUAGGAGAGAAUGAUGAAGCUGUACCCCUUUAUCUUAUAAAGCCAAAUUUGAAGAAUAUUCCUUGUCUAGCCUGUACGGAUAUCAGAGAUACUGUACUAGUAUUUCCAUGCGAGGCUGGUCAUGUAACUUGUCUUGACUGCUUUCGCGAAUAUUGCACAGUCCGUUUACAUGAGCGACAAUUUGAAUUUGAUACUACCGAGGGAUAUUAUACAUUGUCUUGUCCUGCUGGCUGUUCUAAUUCCUUUAUCCGUGAAAUUCAUCAUUUCCAUCUCCUUGAUGUGGAAGAGUAUGAAAGAUAUCAGAGAUUUAGUACAGAAGAACAUGUUUUACGUGCCGGUGGUCUUUUGUGUCCAAGACCAAACUGUGGAAUGGGUAUUAUACCACCUUCUAUAGAAGAUGAUGCGGAAUGUCGUAAAAUUCAAUGCAUCGGCGGAUGUGGCUAUGUUUUUUGCAGAAUUUGUUUACAAGGAUAUCACGUAGGAGAAUGUGAAUUGCAAACGUCGGAAACGUCCAUGAGUGUUUUUUCUUCUAGAAAUUAUUCAAUAGAUCUCACAAAAGCUAACGAAGCUAAAUGGGAAGAAGCUAGCAAAAAAACUAUACAAAUAUCUACAAAGCCUUGUCCUAAGUGCAGAACUCCUACUGAAAGAGAUGGAGGUUGCAUGCAUAUGGUAUGCACAAGAGCAGGGUGUGGCUAUCAUUGGUGCUGGGUAUGUCAAACAGAAUGGACUAGAGAAUGUAUGGGUAAUCAUUGGUUCGGAUAAGGAUUUUGGAAGAAAAUCACAUAUCGUGCGAUUUGAUUUUGAUAUAUAUAUAAUAAUCUAUAGGAUGCAUAUAAGUAUAUGAACAUUUGUAUAUGAGAAUUUUUUAGUCACUGUAUAGUAAUAAAUAUUUUCAUAUCGUAGUAUGAAUAGUAAGUUCUUG